AAUAAGAAUUCAAGUAAAAUAGUGUCCAGCAAAUGAGACGACGGCUGUUAAGACGACAACCGUUUUUGAUGGGAUUAAGACGACCCUACACAUAGCAAUUCGAGCAGUUCAUUUUAAAUGUUUUAACGCGCAUUUGUCGUUUGAAGGUCUUGUCGUCUUAAUAUCAUAUCGUCUUCUUUACCUAGCACCAAGUGAAAUACUGCAACCAUCAUAUCAGCGCACCAUUUUGCAUCUAUGUGCUUACAUAUUGUAUUGAAAUUACACAGAAGCUCAGAAUAAAAGCAGAAAAUUAAUAGACAGCCUGUUUCAUUCAAAAAAAAUAUCAAACACUUUAUUAUAUUCUGCGUCUUUUGGUGGAAAUAUUUGGUGUUGUUUUUUUAGUUACGUGUUUUCUUCAGAUACAAAAAUGGAUUUCUUUUCGGGAAACCGAUACCAAUUCAAGCUCGACAAAUGCCUCAGCUUCACUCAACUAUCUAAGGGGGCCAAGAGCCAUCUGAAGAAUGUCUAUGCGUGCAUGACCCUGUGUCUGCUGGCAGCAGUGGCUGGCUCUGUGAUGUAUCUGCAGUGGAUGCGUCUGGCUGGAUUCCUACCCCUCGUCGGGUCCAUCGGAUCACUCCUCUAUUUGGGGGCCACCUCCUCUCCCGGACUCAGCCAGAAGAGAGUGGGCGCACUGGGACUGUUCGGAUUCUGCAAUGGUCUGUCGCUGGGUCCGUUGUUGGACUCUGUGAUUGAGCUGAACCCGGCCAUAGUGGUCACUGCCCUGCUCUACUCCUCCUUCCUCUUCCUCUCUCUCACACUCGCCGCACUCUACUGUCAGAAGAGGUCCCUGCUGUACCUGGGGGGCUUUCUGAUGGCCGCCCUGAACAUCAUGUUCUGGAGCAGCAUGUUGAGGAUGUUGUUCGGAGUGCGUCUGCUGGGAGGUGUGGAACUUUAUCUGGGACUGGCAGUGUUCUGUGGAUUCAUCCUCUUCGACACCCAGAUGAUCAUCUACCGAUUCGAGGACUGUGGCGAGAAGGACUUCAUAUGGCAUUCGGUGGAUUUGUUCCUCGACUUCAUCAACGUCUUUGUGCGCAUCCUCAUCAUCCUCUCUAAGAAAGAGGAGCGCAAAGGAAACAGCAAACGUCGUUAAAGAUGUGAGAACAUGAACUAAAACAACUACGAUGCCGAAGGAAGAGCAUCGACAAAUCGUCAAACUGGUCCUCAUACUUGAACUUGAACUCAAUCAUUCAAUACUAAAUACGUAUAUACAGAUGAUGCUGUAACUCUAAAUUGUAAUAAUCGGUUGAUGCAACUUUUUUGUAUUAAAAACAAAUUUGAAGAAUAUGCACAAAUGUCUUUGUUGCAUCAUGCCUAAUGAAUAGCUUAACCAUUAGCAAGUGCUUGACAAAUAAAACUGUGACAUGCUUAGACUCUUUAGAUAUAUGAUUCCUUUCGGUGUACAUGUUUCCCUUUUCAAGAGGAUUUUACUGUUGCUUCUUUGAAUACCGACUUGUGAACCGACAAGGUAAUUAAAAACGGAGGCAUCCUUCAGCUGUA